UGUUUAUAAUAUAAUUUAAUAACCUCGGAUAUAACCAUCCAUUUGUAUCUUUCACUGUAUUUUAUGUCUCGCAUCCGAUGCAAGGGCCCUGCAGAGGAUGUUAUUUAUAAUUAAUAAAUAGUUAUAUAAGAGAUUUGAUUCUCACUCUAAAUUUUUAACCUCUAUUUCUAUUUAUACCAUUUCUAGUAUCUCUAUUGUCCCCAUUAUCUAGUAGAUAUUGUCUAUUUGGUGGUUGGUUGUUACAAUAAAGUUGAUUUAAAAGGAAAAGGAAAAUUAGAGUGGAGGUCACAUGUUUCCAGUGUAGAGUGGAGGUCCAGGCUGCAGACUCCUUUCCCACAAGGUAGGAAACACAGGAUUUGUUACUUUCUGCGCACAUGUAACCUCUCCGCAGUGCAAGUUAGUCCUCCCCUCCACUGAAGUCACAUGACACUGCUGUGACGUAAGUGACAGGGCGGCCCUGUCACUUACGUCACCCCUGUCAUGCAUGCAUAGUAACCAGGAAGAGACAAAUGUAACUGACCAUCCUGGCGACGUUCUCAGGGAUUCCGGGCAGUUUUCUAUGGAGGAUACCGCAGCUGUCAUGCACUUGUGUGGUGUCUUCUUACGGGGUAUUACCCUAGGAGUUCAGUGAUAUUAUUAGUAGCAGGUUUCCACCAUGUGGGAGAAGUAUAAGUACUCAGCCUUACCGCACACACUAGAAGGACAGACUCCAGCUACAAAACCAGAUGCCUCUCACUCAUGGCUGACGUGGUGCUGUCACGUGUGGAUUACCUGCCUUUCAGCUAUAAUUCUUCUCCUCACUUUACCUAUAUCCAUCUGGUGUUUCCUAAAGAUCGUUCCAGAUUAUGAGAGGGUAGUGGUGUUUCGCCUUGGUCGGAUACGUCCACCUAAAGGUCCUGGACUUAUCCUACUGCUCCCUCUUAUUGACCAGCUUCAAAGAGUAGACAUGAGAAUAAGAGCGUUCAGAAUACAGCCAUGUAAGGUCAAGUCUCGUGACGAUGUGCUUGUAUCCGUAGAAGCUGGUGUACAGUUUAGAGUAUGUGAUCCUGUACUAUCUGUGCUGUCAGUCCAGGACCUUAAUUUUGUUAUCCAGAACACAGCAGAAAAUCUGUUGGUGCAGAACUUUGGCCGCAAGUAUCUCAGAGAGAUUUAUGGUGACAAAAUGCGACUAGGAGAACAUUUUAAGGAGGAUAUUAAUGAACAGGUAAAGCCUUUGGGAGUUUGUGUAGAGCAUGUGGACCUCCUUGUGGAAGCUGUCAUGCAACCCCACGAAGAGCAUGUGCCCCUCACCUCACAAGCUGUAAACCCAAAUGGUGGAUUAGAGCAACUGAUCAUGCAGUUUGUCUCAAUAGCUACGCAAGUUUCAGCACAAGAUACAAAACCAUCUACAGCGGUUACAGAUCUCUCAUUAGAGGAGAUGUUGUCUCGACUGGAAAGAAUCCUGUCAGAAUCUUUGGUUUCAGAAAUAAGGUCUUCAUAUCAGUUCUUCGUGAUCCAAAAAGAUGGGAAGAGAUCUGCAUGUUUCCUUGAUUUAACAUCAGGAUCUGGACUUUGUGGCAUGGGAAUCCUCACUUUCUCCCCUGAUGUUACUCUAGAGAUUACAGAAGCCGAUCUCCUGUCUGUUGUUCGAGGAGACUUGAAUCCCAUGAUUGCUUACACAACAGGUCGCUUACAUGUCACAGGGAAUCUACAGACUGCACUACUACUACAGAAGGUCCUUCCAAAGAUACUGCAUUCCUGAUGCUGUUGCAAAAUGUCUUUUUUUUUAUUGAAGGUUUUUAUGUGAAAUAGAGUUGUUUAUAUAAAGAAAAUCAUAUGUUC